AUGGGGUUCUUCAUUGGGCGUGGGGUUGAUACAGUAGGCGUGGGAUAUGUGAUCAGUAAUGCAUGCAGCAAGCCUUUGUGGUAUAAACAGAAGGACACUGAUUUUCUUGUCCGUUUAGGUGUUGGGCAACACUCUCAUCUCCACUGGAUAGAUACUACAAGGGAGUUGCUUCUUACUGCCUGUUUUGAUGAAACUGGAUGUCAGUGGUCAGGCGGCUUUCAUCCUGAUCAUCUGGGCGAUACACAAGUGAAAAUGCGGAAUUAUUUUUCUGGUGCAUCAAAUGUCAUUCGAAUUGAAGUACAGAAUGCUGAUGUCAUUCAAGAUGAGAAGAUAAUUGACAAUGCCAUUGGCAAGUCAGGAACAAAUUUCAUUCUUCUUUCUGAUGAUGACACAGGCUUCAUGCCUUACAGAAUUGAUAAUUUCACUAAGGAGACACUGCGAAUUUACCAACAGAAGUGUGAAACUCUGGAAACUAUAGUCCAUCCAUACACUUCGUGCCCUUAUGCUUGGGAUGAGCCUUUUUUCCCCCAUCGAGUGAUUGUUGAGAUCCCUGGAAAGCGCACAUUGGGGCGGCUGGGACCAUAUACCCUUGAUGAUGUAAAGGAAUAUCCACCUAUAAAAUUAGUGUCAUCUUCAAUGUCGUUAGAGAGGCAUGAAAAGACAUUGCUUUCAUCAGUCCGUGCAGAGGGUGCAAUAAAGGUCCUCAGUAUAAUUGAUUCAAGCUGUCAUGUUUUGGAAGAGGUGAAAAGUCCAAGCUCAAUUUUAUCCGGGAAAAAAGAAAAUAAAGGGGUGGAAAUGAAUAUUGAUUACAAGGAGAAAGUAUCUGUCAAGAUAUCAUUUAUUGGGAUCUCCUUGAUGGACUCAUCUCCUCAGGAGUUGCUUUAUGCAUCUGCAAAGGACAUUAGAUUUGAUUUUCUCCAGAGUGUGGAGCGACAAAGUUUUUCCUUCCAAAUCUUGUCGUUACAAAUUGAUAAUCAAUUGCGUGGUACACCAUAUCCAGUUGUUUUGUCUUUCGAUGAAGACUUCAAAGGUAGCCUUGUCAGCCAAAUGAGAAAUAAAGAUGGAGGAGCAAAGACUAAAAUUGAAAGUAUGAUGACUUAUGCUGUUGGGAUCUCUUCUGAACCUAAGUUAUAUUUGGCGGCUUCAAAAUGGAGGAAUAAAGAGAUGAUGUUGCUUUCAUUUGAAUACAUAAGCUUAAGGAUUGGAGAUCUAUCUCUUGAGCUAGAUUUGGAGCUACUUUUGAAGCUGCUUGAGUUUAUUAAGGCUAUCCCUUUGUUAAAUUCUGAUAAUCCAGCUUCAGUAACAUUGAAUGAUGAUUUAUGCAAGCUGGGUGUAGUGGACAGAUCUUUUUCUUUUGCUCCACAGAAUUCUGAAUAUUUGCAAACCAAUGGGGAUCAUCAGUUCCCUAAGAAUCUGUAUACUCUAUCUGAUAAUCACACCAAUACCCCAUUAUUGCCAGAAGUAGUUCCUAUAGGAGCUCCUUGGCAGAAAAUUUUUCUUCUGGCCAGAAGACAGGAUAAGAUUUAUGUUGAAGCUUUUUCUUUGGCUCCUGUUAAAAUGACUUUGAGUUUUUCAAGCAAUCCAUGGAUGCUAAAAUCAGCAGGUUUGUCAUCUGGUGAAUCUCUCAUCCAUAGAGGUAUUAUGGCUCUUGCUGAUGUUGAAGGAGCGCAAGUAUGCCUCAAGGAACUGACCAUUACACAUCAUAUGGCUAGCUGGGGAUCCAUUCAAGAAAUCCUCCUCAAGCAUUACAGUAGGCAAUUUCUUCAUGAGAUGUACAAGGUGUUUGGGUCUGCUGGUGUGAUUGGAAAUCCAAUGGGCUUUGCUAGAAGGGUUGGGCUUGGAGUCAAGGACUUCUUUUCCGUUCCAGCAAAAGGAGCUCUGCAGAGUCCUUCUGGGCUGAUCUCUGGAAUGGCCCAAGGCACUAGUAGCCUGCUUAGUAACACACUCUAUGCUAUGAGUGAUACUGCAACACAGUUCAGUAAAGCUGCUCAUAAGGGAAUUGUUGCUUUUACAUUUGACAACCAUGAUGCCUCAAAACUGGAACAGCAAAGGGUGGUUACUACAUCUCGGAGCAAAGGCGUAAUAAAUGAAUUGUUUGAGGGACUAACUGGUCUUCUGCAAUCGCCUAUCAAAGGAGCUGAGAAGCAUGGACUGCCGGGGGUUCUAUCAGGAUUUGCCUUGGGUGUUACUGGGCUUGUGGCAAAACCUGCGGCUAGUGUACUUGAAGCUACCGGAAGGACUGCACAAAGUAUAAGAAAUCGGAGUAGGCUUUACCGAACAGGACCGCAUCACUUGCGUGUCCGUCUUCCCAGGGCUUUGAGUGCAGAAUUGCCCCUCGGAUGCUAUUCUUGGGAUGAAGCGAUUGGUACAGCUGUGCUCUUGGAGGUCGAUGGUUCAAAAUUCAGGGAUGAGGUGCUAGUAAUGUGCAAAGCACUGCAGGUUGCCGGGGAAUUUGUUGUUCUUACUGAAAAACUCAUCUUGAUUAUUGAAUGUUCUUGUUUAGUAGAUCUGGGAAAGGCAGUGUUUCAAGGAAUUGUUGCAGAACCGGAGUGGAAACUGGUAGCUGAAAUUGCUUUGGAGAGUGUGAUACAUCAUAAAGUCGAUGGAAAGGUUAUGCACAUUGUUGGAAGCAGUUCGGAAGCCCUGAUUGGGAAAAAUCAGCAUCAUCACCAUAGAUGGACUGGAGGUAGGAUGAAGCUAUGGAGUAAAUCUCCAAAUCCACUUCCACUCUUUCAGACUGAUUUGGAAUUCGCUUCCAAGGAAGAGGCUGAGUACUUCCUGGAAGUUUUGUCGUCUACAAUCAAGAAGGGGAGAGAGCAAGGUUGGGGAAAGAUGUACCUUCUCCACCAAAGUAAUUUAAGAAGGUGAAUAGUCCAUUUUCUUGCAUUGUAAAUUUGUAGGUAUUUGUAAGAAUUGUAACCUGUAAAUCCACCCAAUUUUGAAUCUUCAUGUUUCCUUGCUGUUGAUUGCAGAGCUAGCUUAUGUGUCUCGAUUGCACACAUUUUGUAAAUACGAAGUACAGUAUAUAGGAUUAUGUACAUACAUUAAUCACCUUUUAUAUGUUCAUCCAAGUUUUUUUAUAUUUGAAAUUUUCAUUAAGAUUGAUUCACCCAAGAUAUAUCAUCAUAUAUACUUAACCAAUGUUUUGGGUGAGACAAUCGCACA